CGUUGUUUCUUCGUGAAAUUCCACGCCGUUUCACAAUUUUUGCACUAGAUUUUCAAACCGUCGUGUAAUAAUUCCCAACUCGAAAAUUCUAAAAACUUCCGCCAGCAUUUUUUCUACUUAAUCGAAUCAAAAUCAACAACGCCAACGAGCAGAAGCGAGUGUGAAGUGGGCGAUGCGCUGAUCGUGUCGCGUUUGAAACGUGUUCGAACGUGUUUCUACUCUCCCCGUUAACUCGCCUUCCUCCACGAUGAACCCGGGCUACAAGCUCCGCACCACGCUCACCGGGCACGCGGGCGACGUGCGGGCGUUAUGCACCGCGCAUCCGCGCCAGUCCGACGAGGUGAUCGUGUCGGGUUCGCGGGAUAAGACGGUCCUCGUGUGGUCCGCCGAGGGGAAGUUCGUGAUGAAGACAUGCCUGAAGGGCGCUGAGAAGUAUGUUCCUGUGUCGCCUGGGUCCCCGGGUCCGCCAAGUACCCCAGGGCUCCUGCUCGCGGGGAGCCAUGACACGCACGUCCGCGUGUUUAAUCCGCUGGGGCACAAUCCCGCGCCGGAGUAUACGCUGUCAGGACAUAAAGACGCAGUGGUGAGCGUCGCGGCGAACAGCGACGGGACGGUGGUGACGGGCUCGUGGGACGGCACGGGGAAGGUGUGGCAGGACAGUUUCUGCGUGGCGACACUGGAGGGCCACGAGAUGGCCGUGUGGGCCGUGGAGUUUGUGCAGGGCGGCGAGGGACACGGCGCGGUGACGCUGGCCAGCGGAUCCGCCGAUAAGACCGUGCGGCUGUGGGAUAAAAACGGCAGGGCCCUCCGCACACUCAAAGGUCACACGGACGUGGUGCGCGGCCUGGUGAGUCCGCGGCCCGACCAGCUGUUAUCCUGCGCCAACGACGCCUCCAUCCGGCACUGGCAGGUGUCCAGCGGCGUCUGCCUGCACACGCACUUCGGCCACACCAACUACAUCUACGCCAUCGCGCUGCUGCCCGGCAGCGGCGGCUUCGUCACCGCCAGCGAGGACGCCUCGCUGCGCGUCUGGGACCUGGGCCACGCCGAGUCCUUGCAGACCAUCCGCCUGCCGGCGCGCUCCAUCUGGGCGGUGACGGCGCUCAGCAACGGCGACAUCGUCGCGGGCGGCAGUGAUAGUAAAAUUCGUAUCUUCACGCGCGACGCCCACCGGUACGCCGGCGCCGACGAGGCGAAGCACUACGAGGAGGAAUUGGCGGCGACGGCGUUCGCCUCGAAGGAGGUGCUGGAGGGGAUCAAGAACGAGGAUCUGCCGACGGAGACGGCGCUGCUGGCGCCGGGCGUGAAGGACGGCCAAACGAAGAUCAUCCGGCGCGGCACCAGCGUCGAAGUGUACAACUGGAGCGCCGGCCAGCAGCAGUGGCAGAAAGUGGGCGAUGUCAUCGGGUCGGCUGGGGAUAAGGCCGCCGCCGAGAAGACCAUCCACAACGGACGCGAGUACGAUUACGUGUUCACGGUGGAUUUCGACGAGAGUAAACCGCCGGUGAAACUCCCGUACAAUUUAUCGGAUGAUCCGUGGACGGUGGCGCAGAAAUUCCUGGAUGACAACGAACUGCCGCCGGGGUAUUUGGAGACGGUGGCCAAGUUUAUUUUAAAGAACGCCCCGGGGGCGGAGGCCAGCGUGCAGGCCGUCAGCAGCCAGUAUCAGGAUCCCUUCACCGGCGCCGGCCGCUACAUGCCGGCGGGAGCGCGGGGGAACGGCGCGGAGGCAGCGGUUCCCUCCCGCCCGGCGGCUGGUGGCGGUGGUGGUGGCGGAGUGAAUUUCGAUCCCUUCACCGGCGCAUCCAGCUACUCCACGGCGCUGGGCUCGCGGGGCGCUCAGCCGGCGACCCCGGCAGUUAAUGAUCUGUAUCCGGUGAAGGAGUUUGUUGGAUUUCACGCGGGAAAUGUCGACGGGCUGCUCAAGAAACUGCGGGAGACGUUCGAGAACGAGGGCAUGGAGUGGCCGGAGGACGCGGGCGCCCAGUUGAUGCCGUACAUGCAGAAGGACGUGUCGCCCAUUCGGCCCUCCGCCGACCUGCUCAACUUCCUCGGCAAAACGCUCGACCUUCCCGAAGGUGUGAUGUUCCCCGCCCUGGACCUGCUGCGCCUAGCCAUCCGCCAACCGGCCGUCAGCGAGUACUUUUGCGGCGCGGAACGGUGCGGCUUCUUCCUGGACUUCCUCCUCCCAUUGAUCCGUUCUCCGCGGUCCAGCGCCAACCAGCAGUUAUCCCUGCGCAUCGUCUGCAACCUCUUCGUGGCCGGCGCCACCGGGCUGGCCUUCGUGACGGAUCAGCGGAAGGCGCUGCUCUCCGCCGUGGCGGAAUCGACGUCCGGUGUGGAGAAGAACGUGCAGACGGCGCGCGCCAGCGUUAUCUUGAACUACGCUGUCCUCCUCGGGCGGCAGAAGAACGCCGAGGAGAUGCUGCAGCUGCUGUUCGCCGCGACGGAGCUGGGCAAGGUCCCGGGGUUGGUGGUGGAGGAUGAGGCGCGGUAUCGCUGGAUGGUGGCCGUCGGGACGCUGGUGGGCGGCGGCGGACAGGAAGUCAAGGAUUACGCCAAAGUGCUGGACGUCCUCGGCGUGUGCGAGGCGGUGGCGGGAGCGUCCCCGGAUGAACGGGUGCAGACGGCGCUGCGCCAUCUCCGCCGGGAUCUGCGAUGAACGCGCCCAGGGAAAUGGGAUUGAUUAUCUGUGAGCGUUGAUGUUGCUUUUCUGGUUUUCUCUACACCGGUCGUCGGCAAAUGGUUAUUUUGUUUCCAAACGGCGACAGUCCACUGAUUAUCUACAAUAUUGUAAAAUUGCGGUUAUAACUGGUAAAUGGAAUGACGGGGUUAAAUGGCAUCAAAUAAAAACCUGCGGAGUUCCGGUUUCGUGGCGCAUAAACCGGUGGUCCGGGACUCCGGGUCAGUUCUGAGUUGGCUGUUAUUUGCUGAACGCAGUCACAACAGAAUAAACGUCGGGUAUGUUCUACGCGGCGCUGGUGACCCUGGAGACGUGCAGAUAGGCGGUCUGCACGCGCCACGUAUCGGCGUCGGCGUUGGGCCGCACCCAGCACUCCACCCGCGCCGACGUGUGGAGGUCCACCUGGC